AUGUCCAGAUAUGUAUGUGGUAGCCAUGAGUUGAAAUCAAAUGCAAGCAUUGUGCCCCCAAAGAACUGGGAGGCAAGGUCGUGGUCUGGAGAGGGAGACGGCCAUCAGGAGCACUCCACUGCGGGAUGUAGCUCGAUCGAGCUUGCUCUGGCUCGAUCGAGUUGUGCCUCGAGUUGGUCUCCUUCCUUCCCAAAACCUGUUCCUGCAAGACUUAGCUAA